AGUUCAGCGGCCGCGAAUUGCGAGGAUUUGAGGACGGGUCCUCUCCUUCUGGCCGGUGCUCCGAGCUGGAGCCUUCGGUCGGCUCAGGCCUAACUUCUUCCGUGCUUAAAAUCUGUGAAAAAUGGCAAAUGUGGAUGAUAGACAUGACCUCAUCUCUGAAGUAGAUCAUGAAGUAAAUCCUGGGCCCAUGAAUAUCCAGUUUGAUUCAUCAGACCUAAGAUCAAAAAGGCCCUUCUAUAUAGAACCCACAAACAUCGUCAAUGUGAAUGAUGUCAUUCAGAGGGUUAGUGACCAUGCUUCUGCCUUGAACAAGAGGAUUCAUUACUACAGCCGGCUUUCCACUCCUGCAGACACGGCACUGAUUGCUCCAGACCAUGUAGUUCCAGCUCCAGAAGAGUGCUACGUGUACAGCCCUUUGGGGUCUGCUUAUAAACUUCAAAGUUACACUGAAGGACAUGGUAAAAACACCAGCUUAGUGACCAUUUUCAUGAUUUGGAAUACCAUGAUGGGGACAUCUAUACUAAGUAUUCCUUGGGGCAUAAAACAGGCUGGAUUUACCACCGGAAUGUGUGUCAUCUUGCUGAUGGGCCUUUUAACACUUUAUUGCUGCUACAGAGUAGUGAAAUCACGGAGUAUGAUAUGUUCAUUGAAUACUACUACCUGGGAAUAUCCAGAUGUCUGCAGAUAUUAUUUUGGUUCCUUCGGUCAGUGGUCGAGUCUCCUUUGCUCCUUGGUGUCUCUCAUUGGAGCAAUGAUAGUUUAUUGGGUGCUAAUGUCUAAUUUUCUCUUUAAUACUGGAAAGUUUAUUUUUAAUUUUAUUCACCACAUUAAUGACACCGACACUUUACUGAGAAUCAAUAAUAGCAACCCUGUGAUUUGCCCGAGUGCUGGGAGCGGAGGCCACCCUGACAACGACUCCAUGGCUUUCUACACCAAUGACACUGAAGUCCAGCAGUUUGAAAAGUGGUGGAGCAGAUCCAGGACAGUGCCCUUUUACCUGGUAGGGCUCCUCCUGCCGCUGCUCAAUUUCAAAUCGCCUUCAUUUUUUUCAAAAUUUAAUAUUCUAGGCACAGUAUCCGUUAUCUAUUUGAUUUUUCUUGUCACUUUGAAGGCUAUUCAGUUGGGAUUUCAUUUGGAAUUUCACUGGUUUGUACCAACAGAAUUUUUUGUACCAGAGAUAAGAUUUCAGUUUCCACAGCUGACUGGAGUGCUUACCCUUGCUUUCUUUAUUCAUAAUUGUAUUAUCACACUCUUGAAAAACAAUAAGAAUCAAGAAAACAAUGUGAGAGACCUGUGCAUCGCCUACAUGCUGGUGACGCUGACUUAUCUCUAUAUCGGAGUCCUGGUUUUUGCUUCGUUUCCUUCACCUCCAUUAUCCAAAGAGUGCAUUGAGCAGAAUUUUUUAGACAACUUCCCUAGCAGUGACAUCCUGUCCUUUGUUGGAAGGAUCUUCCUGCUCUUCCAGAUAAUGACCGUCUACCCGCUCUUAGGCUACUUGGCCCGCGUCCAGCUGCUGGGCCACCUCUUCGGUGACAUUUACCCCAGCGUUUUCCACGUGCUCGUUCUUAAUGUGAUUAUCGUGGGAGCUGGUGUGGUCAUGGCCUGCUUCUACCCAAACAUAGGCGGCAUCAUAAGAUACUCAGGAGCAGCAUGCGGUCUGGCCUUCGUGUUCAUAUACCCGUCUCUCAUCUACAUAAUUUCCCUCCACCAGGAAGAGCGUCUCACAUGGCCUAAGUUAAUCUUGCAUGUUUUCAUCAUCAUUUUGGGCCUGGCCAACCUAAUUGCUCAGUUUUUUAUGUGAAAACUGUUGUCUCAAGAUCUUUCAUGGCAUUUGGAGCCUUGAAAAUACUGCUACAUAAACUCAGUUGUAAAUCCUGA